AUGCCGCGCAUCACCCGUCGCAAAGGUACUCAACCUCGUCUCAGUCGCGAAGGCGAAGGCGUAUGGACCCCCGGCGAGCACGCACGCUUCCUCGAGGCGGUGGAUCUCUACCCGCACGGGCCCUGGAAGCUCGUGGCCGCCCACAUCGGCACGCGUAGCACGCGCCAAGCCAUGACGCACGCGCAAAAGUACCGCCAGAAGCUCGAGCGACGACGUGGGCUGCGGAACGCGCAGAGCAAACGACCAAAGACGGUGACGCCAAGCUGGCCUACGUCGACAAGCGAGAGCGAGACUAUGUUCAGCUUCGAGCUGCUCUUGAUGUCAGACGAUGGGAUGCUUGGCGAGACCUUGCGGUGUCUGGAGCCAUUUCCACUGAUGACGCCCCAUCCGAUACUCUACGCGGACCCGGUGGCACCGGCGGUGCAGCCUGCGUGGGUGGAUGACUGCAUGAACUUCUUCGUCGCCAAUUUCUCUUGAUCGAAACUACUUCAAGUAUGUGUGAACAUCUCUUGACUAAAUUUUAGUCAUUGUAAUUCAAACCAAAGUUGUACGAUGUACUUCAUAGAUCACUUAUACGCGCUCCAUGCGUUCAAC